AAAGUAGUGCAAAAAACAAACUAUUUAAAAUCAUUUGCAAAACUAGUGCGAAUUAAUAAACUUUUGUGCUUCAUUGUACUUGAUAGAAGUCACAAGCCAAGUCAAUAAUCAGAGUAAGAGCAUCAUUCCUCGAUAACUAUCAUUUAGCGUAAUGUAAAAUUUUCUUGAAUAAUGUGCAUCUUUUGUAUUGAAAAAUUGAAAUAAAAUUUAACAUUUGAAUUUAUUUUUUUAAUUAUGCAAAAUUUAGAAGAAAUUAUACAUUUACAAGAAAAUCCUUCGAAUAAUGAUUCAUCUAAUAAUGCUGUUCAAUUUUUACCAGACACUCAAAAAGAGAAGAAAGAUACACGAAUUGAUGAAGCAAUUGUUGAAUUGGCAAUAAAUGAGACUGGUUUUGGAAAAUUCAGCAUAAAAGUAACAGUAAUAUGCUUUCUAAUUUAUUUGAAUAUUAGUCUUUGUACAGUAAGUACAGGAUUUAUACUUCCGGCAGCAGCGUGUGAUCUCAAAAUGAAUACAGUUGAUAAAGGACUAUUGAGUACAUCAUUUUUUAUAGGUUCUUGUUUUAGCUCAGUGAUUUCUGGAUUUUUGGCCAAUUUGAAAGGUCGUAAAUGGACAUUGACAAUUUUUUUAUUCCUACAAGGGAUUUCAGAUUUAUUGCAAGCAAUUGUGCCAAAUUAUUCAACAAUAAUGGGAUUGAAAUUUUUUUCUGGUUUUGCAGCAACGGGACAACUGAUUACUAUUUUCACCUAUAUGAGUGAAUGUCUUCCAUUGAAGCAAAGAAAAUCUCUUUUAUCAUUGAUGGAAUUUUUUUGGAUUUCCGGUCAUGGUGUUGCGUCCGUUCUAGGAUUUGGCAUUAUUCCCUUAGAAUUUGAAAUUAAAAAUGAAAAUUUUUCAUUUCGUUCAUGGAAUCUUUAUAUUCUUAUUUGUUCACUACCCGGAAUUUUUCUUGGUUUUUGGAUAAUUGCUUUUCCAGAGACUCCAAAAUAUUUGGCAGAAAUGGGCUAUCGGGAAGAAUUGCUCAAGGUUCUCGUUAAAAUGUACGAGGAAAAUUUGGGAAAAUCCGGAAAGGAGUACAUAGAAAUUUUAAUGAGUAGUGAAAAUUCUUUACUGAUAAAAGUGGCAAAUCAGAGUCAUGAAAAAUUAGCAGAUUUGAAGAAAAAUUCAAUAAACGAAAAAAUUUUAUUUGAAUUAAAACAAAUGGGAACUGUUUUAAAAAAACCGCAUAUUAAAAACACAUUUCUGGCGUGUGUUACUGCUUUUUGUGUGCCAGCUGCCUAUUUUGCACUGUAUCUCUGGUUGCCUGAAAUUUUUCAACGAUUCGCAGAAUUCGAGGCAAAAAAUAAAAAUGAGAAACCCAAUUUUUGUAAAGUUUCUCGUGAAAUAUAUUCUUCUUUAUCAACCACGGAUCAUCUGGAAGAUCCUUUUGGUUGUGACAGAACAAUAGACACUGAUGUAUUUAUUAAUAAUUUAUUAUUGUGUGCUUCUUGCGUUCCUGCCAUUUUUCCCGUAUUAUGUUUAGUUCAUCGUUUUGGAUUCAAAAUUUUAUUAGCUUCCAUGUGUCUUAUUUGUUCUGCCGUCGUUUUUGGUAUUUAUUUUGUUAAUUCUUCUCUUCAAAAUUUAAUUCUUCUUUGCAUCUACUUGCCAUUGAUAUCAGUAUGCAUAACGAUUACAUUUGCACUGUUUGUUUCGAUUUUUCCAACGAAUCUCAGAUCAUCGGGGGUUACAUUGACUUCCUUCUCUUCCCGAAUUGGAGCUGCAUUUGGUAACAUUAUUUUCAGUUACCUCAUAGACGAAUAUUGCUUUCAGUUUAUAGUCCUGGUUACACUUUUGCUUGUUGUUUCAGCUGUAACAACAAUGUUGAUUCAUGAAAGGUGAUUCUGUUUUUCCUUUUUUAAUAAUAAUAAUAAUAAUAUAUUCGAAAAUAAAAAGAUCGAACGAUUGUAGGAAGUGAUUUUAUAUUGCUAAAAUAAAUAGUGUUUUUAUUAUUCUC